UUUGAUGGAGAGUUGAGAUUUUAUGAAGACGGUUUGAAGAUGAAUUUAUUCUAUGUUUUAUUUCUUAUUCCACUGGUUGCAAGCCAGUCUUCAGGUUUACCUGGCAACCAGUGUGGUGGUGUGAUCUGCCUUGACAGUAAUGACGUCACGUGUAAUGCGGAAAGCAACGAAUGUAAAUGCAAUGCUGGAAAAACCGGAAACGGACGUUUUGUUUGUGUGGAUGCAACUGAAAGUUGUGUGUGUUAUCUAUAUGGAGAUCCCUACGUGACUGGCUUCUCUACCAGCGAGAUGUCAAUCAAUCUACCAUGUCAACAUAUCCUCGCCGAGUUCACUACACCUAAUGGUAUCAAAGUCAAAGUUACUGCUAUCGCAAGCCAGAGAAACGAACGCAACUACCCUGGUUACGUGUUUGAAGAUGGAUUACUUUUCGAAGCAUCUAAAGGAAAUACAUUAGCUACCGCCAUGUAUAAACGCGAUGGAUUCUGGAACAAAGGUUUAAAGGUAAAAUUACCGUUUUCCGGAAACUUCCCAGAUUUUGGUGUAUAUUGUUCGGUAGAUGAACAUCAAUAUUGGACUCUGGAGUUACCAAGGCAAGGCAUCGUCGUCAGAUUCAGGAGUGCUGAUUCUUCUGUGACUAUUCAGGCACCCAAACAAUCUCAGUUCGUGAGUGGCAGACCAUGUGGACAAUGCGAAGGUGACAGUAACUCAUACAAACUAGCAGCCCAACAGUCAGGUCUCAAUAUUAAACAAUGGUCACUUGUUAACGCUUUCAACAAUUUGGACACACAGAGAGAAACAGAUCCUGUUUGUAAAUCAUUGGGCACCGCCUAUAACUCAUGUUCAGAAAAUCAAAGAUCUAAAGCAGUACAGUUCUGUGGGGCACCUUUCAGCAACCAUCAGAUUGGGGAGUGUUUUAGUCAGAAGUUUGGUAAAAGAACACUAUUAUCAAUGGUACAGGCCUGUAUCAACGCUUACUGCCAAGGGUCAGUAGCAGGAUGGUGUCAGGCUACACUGGGCGCCAAAACUUCUUGCAGCAACUCUCAGGUUGAUUUUGAAGAAAUAACAAAAUAUUGUGGGAUAUAAAAAGAAAAUAAAAUAUUAUUAGUAGAAAUG